AUGGUUGCAGUCCACGUGCACGAAAUGCAGGUUUCCCCUGAAAAUGCCACUUCAGGAGACCAUGCCGUAGACAACAAGAGAAGACCUACAGCCAGCGUUCGACAGCGGCUGCAGCGUGCUGCAGUCAAUAUGAGGAACCCAAAUUUCCUAUUCAAACUAUCUCUUUUCGUUCUGGCGCAUAUCUGGGCAGUAAUGGCUUCCGUUCACAAUUUUCCAAAAGCCCAACCGUUUCUUUUAAUGCUUGGCCUCUGUUGGAUAGCGUCGCUUCAUUACAUCUUCGGCUCUUACGCAACUCCAACGAAAGAGAGCAAGUGUUUCAAGCAGCUCAAGAGACUAAUUAUUGAAAUGAAAGAUUAUCAGUGGACGCCCAUGAUUGCGUGCUCUGCUUUUGCAACAUGUUUAGCCAUAUUCCUGGCUAUUGAUACUAGCUCCGAGAGAUCACGCCUCUUCGGCCUACUAGGGAUAGCUUUCUUCAUACUACUUCUAGUCGCACUUUCUACAGAACGCUCGAAGAUAAAAUGGCAGACCGUUGGAUGGGGAUUUUUACUGCAGUUUUGUUUCGGCAUGAUUUCACUGCGAUGGAAAUGGGGUUCUCAUAAGUUCCAGCAAUUCGCGGAUUUGACGGUGGAUUUCCUCGAACUAACAAACAAAGGUACCGAAUUUGUCUAUGGUUUUCUUGCAAAACCUCCAGCGAUUUGCGAAAUUUCUCCAGUGUUCGUAUUCACGGCACUCCAAGUGUUAGUGUUUUUUGCUUCUGUUGUUACGCUACUCUACUACUACGGCAUCAUCCAGUGGCUACUCAGACGAAUGGCAAUUGUUAUGCAACUGACAUUGGGCACCACAGCGGUGGAAUCAUUAAACGCUUGUGCAUGCGUUUUUCUUGGUCAGGCGGAGUCGGCUCUGCUGAUACGUCCCUACUUGGAGAAACAGACCGCUUCCGAAUUGCAUGCUAUCAUGACAAGUGGCUUUUCUUGUAUUGCCGGAUCUUUAUUCGCCGCCUACGUUUCUUUUGGUGCAUGUCCCAAGUACCUACUGUCCUCUACGAUAAUGUCCGCCCCCGGAUCACUCGCGUGCUCAAAAAUCAUGUUUCCAGAAAACGAAGAGAGUCAGGUUGAAACGGUGGCUGACUUAGAUCUUCCGGAAAGUGAGGAGUCGAAUCCGUUGGAGUGCAUAUCAAACGGUGCGAUGGCAGGUAUACAUCUUGUCGUGGCCAUAGCAGCAAAUCUUGUUGCUGUACUUGCACUAUUGGGACUUGUUGACAGUACUCUUUAUUAUUUCGGAGAUCUUAUAGGACAGGGACCGUGGAGUUUGGAGCAUUUGUUGGGAUAUUUGAUGUUCCCUGUCGCGUUCGUAAUGGGCGUGACAAGCGAUGUCCAAGAAACUCUUCAUGUUGCACGUCUCAUCGGAACGAAGACGGCUGUCAAUGAAUUCAUCGCUUACAAAAAACUCGGAGACUUGAUCUCAUCACCGUCUCAGAAGCUGAGUCCACGAUCAGCUAUGAUUGCUACAUACGCAUUAUGUGGAUUCUCCAACUUCUGUACGAUUGGAAUAGCACUAGGAAUCUUAGGUGGCUUGGCUCCUUCCAAGAAACAGGUGCUCUCUGAAACUAUAUUCCGUGCUCUGCUCACGGGUUGUGUGUGCUGCCUCUAUACCGCCACUCUUGCAGGGAUAUUAGUGCACGAUCCAGAACUAUGUCGACCUUCAAAUGCGGCGAUGACGUGCUUCAGUAUUGCCAAUGAACUGAAUAAGUCAACUUCAAUUAGUAAAUAA